GAAAGGAUUGGUUGUCCGGUAUGAUUGAUUCAAGGCCUUAUUCAGUGGAUUGCCUUAAAACUAUUGCUCGUCGUAAAUUUGAAGAGCUGACAAGCCGAUCAUUUGAAGUGAAGAUUCAUAAUUCAACCAACAAAUAUCGUAUUCGUUUACCAGAAUUCGAUUUUGAGAACUUAACUCUUGAUACAAUUAAAACGUAUAUUAACAAUCCUAUUUUCGAAGAUUUGAUUGAUGGAGAUCUUAAAAUCGUCUUGAGAAUCGCCACUCUUUUAACUUUACAAUUGGCCACCAUAAGAUGGAUACGCCCGAGAGCUUCACAAAGUACGAUAAAGCAUCUUUAUGGUGAAUCAAUUUAUCCUGAAAUUGAUGAUGUCAAGUUAGUGGAUAUUAUGAAUGAAGUAAAAAUUUGGAACAUCAAUGACUAUUAUUCCGAUGAAACUCUCAAUUAUAUGAUCGAAGAUUCUGCUUUUAGAUGGAAUACUUGUAUAGCUCCUUUGUUGUCUAAAUUCUUAUCAUUUGGAAACAUGAAGUACUCUAAAUUCGGGACUAAAGCCCAACUCGUAGAGUUUGAUCCUGGAGCUAUCAAUACUGAGGGGAAUAGCAUUUUUGGGGAGCGUUCCUUUUCCUGGAAAGGUCAUUCGGAUGCGAAAGCUGCUUUGAAACUUUCUCCAUCGGAAGCUAUUAUCGGUGUCGCCGUGGGAUUCAAUGAUUCAGUUCAAGCUACUGGGAGAAGCCCUGGUAACGAAAAAAAGAAAGAUGGAGGAGUCAAAGACAAAAAAACCGGGAGAGAAAAUAUGAAAAUCCAUGAAACUAGAUCGACAUUGAAAGCGGAAACUGAUAACAAAGAAAACCUGGAUCCCACAGAACAGGCGAAUAAAUCAGGGAAUAUUAAUUAG